UCGAACGCGACUGUUGUCACUCGUUGGCUAAGUUUUUUUUUCCUCGUGGUGCCUGCCUGUUAUCGACCAUGACGAUAAUCCCCUAAAAUCGCAGCAAAAAUUACCAUCAAUACUUCCGCGACACCACGAAGACACCGGGCGUAAUAUUUGUGCAAUAUUUCCAUAAUUUUCCCCGAAAAUGGUACCAACACAGUAAAAAAAAAAUGCGAGACAAAAAAUUUGAAAGUGAUAAAACUGUUGGAUUGUGAUGAGUGAUUUCUGGUGGUAUUGAAAUAAUUAUCAUUUUUCAUUUGAUGAUGAUUAUUCGUCUUGUGAUAUCGCGCAUAGACCGGAGGCAAUAGAAUUGUUUUGAGAGAAAAAAAAUUGAUCUGAGGAACUCGGUCGGUAAUUGGAAUCGCGAGUGGAAAAUGCGUUGUGAUGAAUGAUCGAUGAUUAAUGCUGAUUGAUCGAUGUUUAACAAGUGUAACACGUGGGGAAUAAAUCGUGAGUUACUCGGGGGAGACUUCGGGGCGUAAACACGCCGAUGGGAUGCAUCUACCGGUGGACUCGGUUGGCUGUGGGGAGAAUUACGAUUCCGUCGGUUCACACGAAGGCGCCGGUCUCGUAGGCUCCUCCCUGACACCACUCCGAGGGGUUGACACGAGGUAUCACUGCGAGGAGGACGACGGGGGUGGCGGCGGUGGUGGCGGUGGUGGUGGUGCCAGGGGCACCGGUGGAGAAAUGAGCGAAGGUGCCGCCGUCGGGGAAUUGUGGUGGACUGAGAGACUCGUUGGUGAAGCUCAGGCUGAACACCCUGGAGAACUUGUCAGAACAGGAUCCCCCUAUUUUUUAUGCAGUCAACUACCGACCCAUUGGCGAUCCAACAAGACUCUCCCCGUGGCCUUCAAAGUUGUUGCCCUCGGAGACAUCGGUGAUGGCACCCUAGUGACAGUUCGUGCUGGCAACGACGAAAACUGUUGCGCGGAAUUGCGAAAUUCAACAGCCCUCAUGAAAAAUCAAGUGGCAAAAUUCAAUGAUUUGAGGUUCGUCGGUCGGAGUGGAAGAGGGAAAAGUUUUAGCAUCACUAUUACGGUGUCGACAUCACCGCCGCAAGUGGCGACGUACACUCGGGCGAUCAAGGUGACAGUCGAUGGUCCCAGGGAACCUAGAUCCAAAACAAAUUACGGUUUAAUUGCAGGACAACAGCAUCAGCAAUUCCGGGCGCUUGGCCUGGGACAGAGGCCAUACCUGGAUGCAACGUCUUCAUUUACCUCACAACUCCGAGAACUUCAGUCUUACAGGAGAAGCAAACAUCAUCAGACCAGUCAUUUGCAUGGCCAAACAGCCAAUAGUGCGAAUAAUAACAACGGAAGCUGCACGGGAAAUCCUAAUAAUGGAAAUCCCAGCAGCUCUCCGAAUUCUGCUAGCCAUCUUGGAAAUACCGGGACGAGCCAUCAGGAUUGCUUCAAACAUAGUCCUCAGAACGAUAAUGCUGCAAGUACAGCAGAGUGGAGUUACCCCUCAGCAGCUCCAUCCUAUCCUGCUCCAUCUGGCAGCGACGGAGGAUCGUAUUCACCUCUUCCAGGAGGUGCAUUUUCUACAUAUCCCGGGGAAUCCCUGUCUCAUCAUCCAACAACUGAACCCGUGCCAUUACCCACAGUGCUACCACCGGACAACCCGCAAGACGCGUACACCCCAAACUGCGUGUCGAUGUACCCAAAUCACUCGACAUCAUCUUCGACGCUUCCCCUCAUCCCAUCUAAAUCAUCAGACUCUGAGAUCUUCCCCGGAAGUGGCCCAGGGGGUGGUACAUCAGGCUAUCAUUACGGCUCCUGGACAUCUGGACCCACAACACCCGUACCGGUACCAUCUCACAAUUACAACACGAAUUAUCAAGGUUAUUACAACAGUCCGAGUCAAAACUACAUAAGUCCAACGCCAAUGGUACUCUAUCCCCAGCUCUACAGUACUGUCAAUCAGAAUCAGAUACAUCUGCAUCUUCAUGGUGAUUUGAGUGAUGAUCAAGUGACAAUUGCCGGUGGUAAUCUUACGAUAAGCAGUAAUAGACUCGAGAUUGGUGUUCUAGGUGAGGAGAAUGAACAGAGAAAUGACGUGUGGAGGCCGUACUAGCUGAUCUAUCGAGUUGAGUGAACUAUCAAGACUUAUUGAACACUGGAUUAGUGAUAUAGUGUCAAUGUAUUUUAUCGUUUUAUUUGGGAGACGUGAGUUGUAAUUUAUCUCAUUCUGAUUAUGUACAUACAAUAUUUUACAUUGAAAUAAAAUUAUCGUCUAAUUAUGGAAA